AUGGCGCUCAGAAAGCCGCAAGUAACUAUGGGCAAUAACGUUUUAAAGAUACAUCUAUCCGUACCGAUCCAAAAUACUGCCGACACCAUAUCAACCUUGCAUAGGUUCAUUGAUAGCGUAGAAGAUUUGUGCUACAAAUCAGACUAUGGAACAAUAGCUUUAACGAUAAAAUGCAAGCCGCGCACCUGCCCGCAAAGUAAUUGCUGUACGAUUUUCAAUAAGAUACCAAGGAACAGACAGGUCAACAGUCGAAAUCGAAAGCUAAAGUCACACCGUAGAUAUGUAGCACCUCCCUUUAGUCCAAUGAACGGCAGUAGGCCAGACUGUCCCAAAGACACUAAAUCCGUAAAGGCUACUACUCAGAACGAAGCUCUAGCGCAUAGCAGUAAUUUGAACGCGGGCUUUCUGGGGUCUCGUACCAGUGAAACAGGGUGCACCAGCGCCUCUCUCGCUGCAAAUGAAAUGAGAACCUGUGAAGACCCAAUCGAUGAAUGA